UCAGCAUAUAGAAAGAAUCACAGCACCGAGACCGCGCUACUCAAAAUCACUAAUGACAUUUUGCUUAAUAUGAACAAGCAACACGUAACGCUUCUGGUGGUACUGGAUCUUAGUGCCGCUUUUGAAACCAUAGAUCAGGACAUUUUGCUUGAUCGUAUGUCAACUAAACUUGGUAUUGAAGGUGUUGUUUUGAAGUGCUUCGGUUCUUACCUUAAAGGUAGAUCACAACGAGUUGCUGUGCAUGGAGCAGUUUCUGAGAAGUUCGAUCUAAGUUGGGGGGUCCCACAGGGUUCGUGUCUUGGACUCAUACUUUUUACCAUCUAUGGUAGUGAACUUUUUAAUGUCAUCAAAAAUCAUCUUCCAAAUGUUCACUGUUUUGCUGAUGAUACCGAGUUAUAUCUUUCCUUCAAUCCUAGUAAGGAGCAUGGAGAUGUGAAAGCUGCCAAGAGCAUGGAAUUGUGUGUGAACGAUAUUAAGAACUGGAUGUCCAAGGAUAAACUUUUAAUGAAUGAUGUCAAGACGGAGUUCCUUAUAAUAGGAACGAGGCAGCAGUUAGAGAAAGUGGAUCUCAAUUGUAUAUCGAUCGGCGCUGUUGACAUCUCGCCUUCUAAUUCUCCUAUUAAGAGCUUAGGCGUGUGGUUGGAUAGGAAUCUAUCUAUGGAUGCUCAUAUUACACGAACAUGCUCAACUGCCUUCUAUUAUUUGUAUAAUAUUAGAAGGAUUAGACCAUAUCUCUCUAGACAGACCACCGAGAUACUUGUCCAUACGUUCAUAACCUCCACGCUUGAUUAUUGUAAUAGCUUGUUUUAUGGUAUACCAUCAUAUCAACUCCAUAAACUUCAACGGAUUCAAAAUGCAGCGGCCCGUCUCAUUUUUAGGGAGA